CCGACUUCGUAGAAGGAUCGACCAAGCAGUGCAGCCGGCGGUCGACCUUGUCCGCCCUACAUCACGGCACAGCUACUGCAGUAGGAGAGAGGUCACAGCCAUUACAGGAACUGUUACCACUGAAGAGUCCGAGGCAUACUGUGAAUUGAAAUCAGCACAUGAGCGCAUGGAGGCUAUUCAGAACGUUCCUGAACCUAGUCCAGGUGACCUUCCUGGCCUUCAAGGCAUUCCAGUGGAGGUUCGGGAUAUGGCAUCAAAAAUAGGCUUCGAAAUCGGCUGUAGGCCGUUCCAGCUGUUCUACACAGCAUAUGAGAAAUGGAAGUCGGAUUUCAAGCCUGCUUUUAACAGUCCAGGAUCAGCCAAGGCUACCAUGGACAUGUUCAGCACCCUCUACGAAAUGGGCUUCAGGGAGAGAGACCUUCUUGACCAGCAGCAGGUCAACAGGGUCAGCCUCAAAACGUUCAAGGAGAGUGUCAAGCCCAAGAUGGUACACAUGGUGCCACCAAACUUCAUCAAUGGGCUUGAGGCAGCCUUUGAGGCGGUUGCCAACCCAAACCCCCGGAAGAGGAAGAACAGCUGGGAUAGCCAAGAAGGAGAUGGGGACGACGGUGAACAUGAUGGCACCAAGGAUGCAUCAGGAAGUGGGACUUCACAGGGUGUGCAGCGUGCCAAGAGGUACAUCCUGGAGAAGUUGUACAAGUUCUUCGAUCCAGUCCUGAAGGACUUCAAUUCAGCUGACGAAGAGGAGUUUGAGAAGUACCAGUCUUCACAGUCGCACCUGGAAUACUUGCAGAAGAGCUUAGGGCCUCUAAACAAUGAAGAUGACAAGUUCGUCUUCAUUGUCGAGGGCAAGGACAGUCCUGUGCUCUUAGCUGGCGGUGUGGUCUUUGGCAGUCUUGAAAACAUCGUGCACGACACCGACAAGGUGUCCGUCUUCAUUAUGCACAGGGCGAACAACAGCAAGAAGACCUCCAUGGUAUUGCCCAGUGGUACCAUUAAGGUUGGCAAGGAGCUAAAGAAGCACAUGGUUGUAGAGCUUCCAGUGCAGAGCCUACUUGGCAGAUUCAACAAGCAGCAGGUCAAGGAGUGGGCUUUCUCCCAUGGCUGCACAAAUGUUCUAUGGAAUGACUCCAUGGUCCAGUACAAGGGCAAGCUGGCGUUGGUUGCUUAGACAGGUUCCUUGAUGAGCAGGGAUACAGAGAAAGUGGGCAGCUGCAGUCUAGGGCCAUAUAUGUGGUUCAGUGGUGUGUAGUAGGUGUUCACUAGGAAAAAAGGAAGCAGUGCAGUAGUAGUGUGGAACAGGUCACAGGUGAAGGUUAAUGAAGAACAUGUAUGUAUAAUUGCAUGCCAAGACAAGGUACUGAUGUUGCUGUGAUGAUUUUGGUAGCAGCCUCCAGACUGUAAAGAAUAGAGACAAUAGAUGCC